AUGUUGAAAUUUUUGAAGGAUGAUUUGGACAUGAAUAAUGACUUUUCAUACACUUGGAUAAGUGAUAAGCAAAAAGGGUUGGUGGAUGUUGUUAAAGACUUGUUCCCUAAUUCUGAUCAUCGACAUUGUGCAAGGUACCUAUAUAAUAAUUUCAAGGGAGAUGGACACACUGGCAGUGAACUGAAAGAGUUAUUUUGGGCUGCAUCAAGGUCAACUACCAUGAAUUAUUUUAUGAAAAACAUGGAUAUCAUUCAUAGUAAGUCAACAAGUGCUUGGAAUUGGUUGAAGGAUAGACCUGCUGAGCAUUGGAGUAGGUCACAUUUUAAGGAUAUACACAAGUGUGACAUACUUUUAAACAAUCACUGUGAGAGCUUCAACUCAACAUUUCUUGAUGGAAGGAAAAUACCAAUACUUGGAUUAUGGGAAGAACUGAGGAUGAAUCUAAUGAUUAGAUUGGCUAAUAGGAGGUGUGCAGCCCCAAGAUGGAAGUGUAAAGUUGGUCCAAGGAUUGAAAAGCUUUUGAAGAAAUAUGCAUAUCUAAGCCAUGACUAUAUGGCUUUCGAGUCCUCUCACAACAGGUUUCAAGUGAAGGGAAGAGGGGUUGCCUGUGCAUCAGGUGUAAAUUCUCUUCAUGAUGUGAACUUGAGUGCAAUGACCUGCACUUGCAGGAGAUGGAAUCUAAAUGGAUUGCCUUGUCCACAUGAAAUUUCUUGCAUAUACUCCAAAGGUUACUCACCAGAAGACUAUGUACAUGAGGCAUACUCUCAAAAGAAGUACAUGCUUGCCUAUGAGCCUGCUAUAAAUCCUAUUCCAGGUGUUCACGAGUGGGAUGUAGUGGAGAAGCCAAUUAUACCUCCAAAAUACACAAGGGGACCUGGCAGACCCAAAUUGUCAAGAAAUAAGGAACCAAGUGAAUUACCACCACCUGCUGGAGCUACAAAGUUACCUAAAAGCUAUUAUUCUAAAGUCACCUGUUCUAAGUGUAAAAAGAAGGGCCAUAAUACGAGAACAUGUGGCAAGAGAAAUGGUCAAGCCAACAAUACUCAAUUUGGGGUUGAAGCUCAAAAUGUUAACCAAGUUGAUAAUUCUGAUAAUGUUCUAAAUUCUGCAAAUCAUGUGGCAAACGAGAAUGGCAUGCCAUAUGAAAAUGUUGAUGUUGAUACUAUAAUGCAGGAGGUAAACCAUCAAACACCCACACAACAAUCUGAACCAGUUUAUGUCCAAAGUGUGGCUUCAUCUCAACCAGUGCAUUUAUCAGAACCAAGUUUGCAAUCUUUCCAAGGCCAGCCCUGA